ACGGAGCUGGAAUUAAAUGCACACACUCCGCCUUGUUUUAUAUACAAUAAUCUCGCUGGGACUGCAGUGGAAGGCGAGAUUGAGCCGACCACUGGCAGGUGUAGUCCAUUCACAACGUUUGUAAGUUCAUUUUCGCUUUGCUCCGUUAACAAUGAGAAGCCGCAAGGUGGUGGUGGUGUUGGUGAUGGUGAUUACUACUUUCACCGCGGUUUUCGACGUCGAGAUUUACGUUGACGCCGUAUCGGUCUCGGUUGAAGUAACAACAACUUCACCGGUUUAGACAUCGUGCACAGACUUAAGCGAAACCAUGGAAGGAGUACAAGAGCAGGAUUCGGGACAAUAUCUUUUUUUUUUCACUUCCCACCAGCAUUUGAGCUUCCUCUCUAUCCUCAUUUAUGAUGGCCACAGAUAUUCAGCCCCGAGUUGAUCGGCGACCCCGCCCCACUGCAUCUAAGACAACACCAAUCCUGUUUUUUUAUUUAUUUCUAUCUUCAAGGGGCGGGGAAGACUGCUGCCCGGCGAGUCCCCCCAGAUAGUCAAACUAGCAUCCCAUGUCACACCUCGCCGUCAUCUGGCUCUACCCACUUUCCUCUACAGUUUCUGGCUGCUCAUGACUGCCAUUGUUUCCAUGAAGGAUUUUCAACCAAUUCUAGCUUAGUUAGUUUGUUUGUUUCUCAAGUCUCGUCGGAGAGUUUCUUCUCCGCUGUCGGGGAUAUGAAGAGUUGGUGAGAAGUUGGUGUUCAUUAGAGGUUGUUGUCUUGCAGAUUUCUGUCUAGGUGGCUCACAGGUUUCAGCUAGACGUUGUUGUAGUAGAGGGGAGGGAUUUUCUCGUAGUUAGUCGGACCGAAAUUGCAGUUGGCAGGAUUGGGAUCGGCACAGUGGGGGAGUUUGUCACACUGUUUUGAGAGGACAGCGGAUGGCUGUAGCAAUGGAGAUGGCAUGGAGAGGUGCAGAGUUGGGCAGUAGCCCGGUGUUGUUGAGCAAGAAGCACGCGUGGGGCGCGGAUACAGAGAGAUUGAUGCAACUGAUGAUGGGCCAGUCUGGUUGUGCCUCGGCCACGACGUCUGAAUCGAAGCGGUCGGAAGUGACGCUGGACUUGCUCGUCACUGACGCCGCGUUUCCAUCUUCGCCUUCAUCUCUUGGGGCGGGAUCGAAGUGCAACUUCUUCUCGCCUGAGUUUCUGGAACUCGACCCCGAUCACCCUCUCCCCUCUGGCUGGGAGAAGUGCCUCGACCUGAAGACAGGAGAGCUUUACCUUGUGAACAAGAGCACGGGCACGAGAACAAACGAGGAUCCACGAAAGCACCAACAGCAAGCGGCCUUGGCUGUCGAUACAUCUGUACCAUCACCUCUGGCGCACGAGUUUCUCAGCAGCAAGAAAUCGGAAAUUCUCCGAGAAGAGCGUAUGAGAGCUUCUACAUCACCGGAGUCCUCGGGAGAUGCUCGUAACAGACAACCCUCGCAAUUGCUCGCAUUCUCCGCUGGUAAGCAGCGGUGGAACAUGCAGCCCGACUGCUAUAGCACAGUCAGUCUCAACAAGAUGGGCGGCAGUCCCAGAGCGGUACCUUUCCCUGAUUCUUCCGACGAGGAGGAAUCCAAGCUGGAGCUGAACUUGAACCUCUCUGCUGUCUGCAACUCUCCCUCACGUCCGCACGACCUGAAAUUUAGCGUUUGUACCGUGGAAAUGGUGGAGAGGGCUCUGAAGAGGACAGAGAAGGCCCUGGGGAAACGAGAGAUGACGACGGUUGUCUUCGAUCCAAAGCACAUGGGAUCCUCCUCCUCCACCUCCUCUCUUACCUCGGUUCGCUCGGAUCCUUCCUGGUCUUACUCCCCUUCCACCAGCAGCGCAAGCUCAACAUACUCUAGAUCUCUCGGCACUCGCGCCACGUCAACUCAAAUGGAGACAUCUCACGCCUUUGUGUCAGAUCUAGAGGCUUGUGAAGCGGAGAGUAGCAAAGAUGCGACGUUUGGGACUGGCUCUCUUGUAAUGGGUGCAUGUACGCGGUGCAUCAUGUACGUGAUGCUGAACAAGAGCGACCCCAAGUGUCCGCGGUGCGAGAGCAAGGUGCCGCUGGAUUUCAGCUCUCCGUCACCGAAAAGACAACGACUAGACACGAUGCAAAUAUGAAGCAGUUGAACCAAAGCAGGACUAUCAUCGACGACGUACACCAAGGGGAAACACGCUUCAGUCCUUAUGAGAAGCGAUCGAUAGCACCUAUAAUGACAUGAGCAUGCGAUACCUCAUCGCUGCGCGAGGAAGUUCGAAGUGGGAAAUCGAUCCGUUUCCUUUUGUACAUUGUAAAUUUGUAGCUAGUAAGGUAGACGGAUUUCUGGCGCUGCCACUCCCAUGGCAGCGACAGGAACUUGUACCAUUGCACCACGGAUGAAACAACAACGUCCAGCCAAAAUCUUCACACAGAAUCACGUAGUGGCAGAGAGGAGAGUGUACUGUUUUCAAAGACGAGUUUUGUGGGUCCCUUCACUUCGAAUCGAUGCAUGAAUUAGCUUCUCUUUUUCACCAUGCAA